UCUUACUCACAUAUAUAAGCGCUUCACUAGCGCCAUUACUGUGCGAGUUUGACAGAUGUCAGAUGAGUUUUAUUUGGUCGUCGAUUUGUUUGUUGUGAAAGGACUGUCACAGUACUGUGUACAAAAAAUUGCAAACUCGUCAAUGGACUAGUUUCAAAGUCCACCCGGAUUAUAGUAUCACACUUAAUACAUUCAUUCCAAUACUAGAUUAGUUAGUUGAAACAAGCCAAUAGUCAAUAGUGUUGUAGUUGUGGUAGGUAAGAGAAAUUAGUGUUCCAAAUUUAAAUUUAUCAAGUGUUUUUGGUAAUUAUAACGUUUUUUUUUUAAAAUAUGGCUAGCACAUUGAGAAGAUCAGCCUAUCAUGCAGCUAGGAGGUUGAGCAUUCCAGCUUUAAAGCUUGCUAUUCGAAAUAAUAGUACUUUAGAGAAGAAUAUUUUAACGUCACCUUUCAAAGACAUUCCUAAAGUGAAUUAUACUGUCCCCGAGUUUGUAUGGCAGAAUUUGGACAGAUGGCCAGAUAAGACUGCAACUGUGUGUGCAGUGACAGGCCAUGGCUACACGUACGCGCAAACACACAGGAUGUCCGUCGCUUUCGCGGCCUCGCUGCGAACCAAGCUGAAGUUGAAGAACGACGACAAGGUGGCGAUAAUCCUGCCUAAUCUACCCGAAUUUCCUUGUGCGUUGCUUGGAACAUUAGAGGCAGGCUGCAUAGCUAGUCUGAUGAAUCCUGCCUACACUGCUCACGAGCUGCAACACCAGCUAGCCCAUAUCGAUUGCCAAGCGAUAAUCGCUUCUAAAAUCUCCUACCCCAACAUAAAGGAAGCCCUCACCUCUCUAAAGAAAAACAUUCCUAUAAUCUUAGUCGACAACGAAAAUCUACCAGAAGGGACGAUUAAAUUCGCAGAAUUCGCUGAAGAUUUUAACCUUUGUACCGACUGUCUGAAGUCAGUUAAGAGAGGGGCAGAUGAUGUGGCCAUUCUGCCAUUUUCUAGUGGGACUACUGGCUUUCCAAAGGGUGUGGUGUUGAACCAUCGGAGUGUGGUGGCCAUGAAUCAGCAAAUAGCUGAUCCGGAGAUUAUUGUUAUUGAGGAGACUUCUGAAACCCACCAAGCCGUGCUGCCAGCAAUCUUGCCUUUCUUCCACAUCUUCGGCUUCAACGCGCUCAUGGUGAACCAGAUGUAUCUCGGCGUGAAGCUGGUGACCAUGCCGUACUUCAAGCCCGAGCUGUUCCUGCAGACCCUCGUCAAGUACCAGGCCAAUGUGCUGUUCCUCGUGCCGCCUAUGGUGGUGUUCCUGGGCAAGCACCCGGCGGUGCGCGCGGCGCACCUGCGCAGCGUGUACGGCGUCGUCAGCGGCGCCGCGCCCGUGUCCGAGGCCGACGCCGCCGCCGUGCUCAGCAAAAAUCCAAAAAUAAACUUCCGCCAAGGCUACGGUCUAACAGAGACCAACGGCGCCUGCACGAUCGGCUUCAGCACGGACACCAACCACGCGUCCGUGGGCCACCCGAUGCCCAGCUCGCAAAUCAAGAUCGCGGACAUACAGACAAAAGAGGCGCUGCCUGCUGGAGAGGAAGGUGAAAUCUGGUACCGCGGCCCCAACCUGAUGCAGGGCUACUACCGGGACGAGGCGGCCACGAGGGACGUGCUGCGCGGCGGCUGGUACAGGACCGGGGAUAUCGGCAAGUACGACGACAACAAAUACCUGUACGUGACCGACAGGAUGAAGGAACUUAUUAAGGUAAAAGGUUACCAAGUAGCCCCCGCCGAACUAGAAGCGAUCAUCCGAACUAACCCCAAAGUCGCUGACUGCGCCGUUCUAGGCAUCCCCGACCCCGUCACGGGUGAAGUUCCAAAAGCUUUCAUAGUGACCCAACCGAACCAGAGCAUCUCCCCGGAGGAGCUGAAGGAAUUCGUUAACAGUAAGCUCGUUUCGUUCAAACAUAUUAAGGAGGUUCAGAGCAUUGAUGCUAUACCGAAGAAUGCCGCUGGUAAGAUCUUGAGAAAAGAUUUGAAGGCUAAAUACUGUUAACCAAUCUUGAACCUUGUCGGGAUGCACGAAGCAAGGCUCCGAACCGGUUUAGAAAAUACCGGUAAAUACCGGUUUCUUUCCGAACUUUUGUAAGAAUGCGAACGUUUUAAGAACUUUAUUGUUAAAGCCAUUUUCUUGCUGGUCUCAUAUUGGGAUACCCUCUUACAAUUUAGGAGGGAUUUUAAUCUUCGCUGGUCAGAGGUGUAUGGUUAGAACCGGCGUAGCUUUAUUUGACGUUUAUAAGCCCAUUGUAAUAUGCCUAUUUGGAAAAUCAACAAUUUUAUCUAACCUUAAAAAACCGGUUUAUUCGACGAGCGACAAAACGGCCGGCCUUGUGCCACGUAAACAUAGACACAGACAUAGGAAGAAACCGGUGUUUAUUGUUCUAAACCGGUUAAUUUGACAAGAACUGUUCUCAUAAAAACCGGUUUAAAAAUAACGGUUUUUCUAGCGAAACCGAAAUCGAAAUUUUUUGCGCCAAGUACAUCACAACGGUUUUCAGUAACCGGUAACCGGUUUCAGAACCUUGGCACGAGCUCGAUUUACAUUGAAGUUUAGCCGCGCGUCAUUUCACGUCUUUGGCUAUCAAAUUUUAAAAUCUAACUUUUUUCAAAGGAGAUAUUUUACUUCACGAUGUGUGUACACUUAAAUGUGCAAGGAAAAAGGAUACAAUUUGUUACCUGUUUUUUUAUGUAUAUAUGUACAUGUAUAGAGCAUAGAUGUAUGAAAAUAAUGUAUAGAUAUUUUAUACAUUCGAUUAUCUUAAUACUGCAAAAAUAUUAUUAUAUUUGUAUUUUGUUAAAGUAUUCACAUAAGUAUGGGUAUUGGGAAAAGUAUUUUAAGGAUCCUAGUAUGUUAAGACUGAUACGUAUUUCUAUUUACACUAUUAUUUCUAUGUAUACUUAAUUAAGGAGUGACAUAAAUUGUUAACAUAUGUGCAAAUCAUCACAUAGGACUUGUACACAAAUCACGCGAGGUUCGAUAGGGAGGGAGGGGGUCACGAAAGAAAAAAUCACGACAGAUCACUUUGGGGGAGGGGGGGUUAUAAGGAGAACUCACGUGUAUUUUUCUACAGUGAACCAAACUAAGAAAAAUAUACCUACCACAUGAGUAAAUACUUUUACAGUACAUAUGGUGCUACUCUUCCGCACUAGUGCGUAAAAUUGCACAUUAUGUAACUAUGUCGAAAAUUUAAAGGGUCAUAUGUACUGUAAAACGUUGUACGAUACAUGUGCGAAUAGGUAAUUCGCAAUUCGUGUCGAUGUAAAACACUCCCUUCGGUCAUGUUUUAAUUUAUCGCCACUCAUUACGAAUUCCCUAUUUUUCGCACUUGUAUCGUACAUAACUAUUUCUUGGUUUCGUUACACAUAAAUCUUCACUUCGCACUUCAAAAUAGCGAAUCUGUUUUGCGAAAUUUUCAAGCGCGUAUAAGAAAUAUAUACAAAACGCAAAUAGAAAAAUAAACCAGAUUUCUAUAUAUAAUACAGUUGAUCUUAAAAUUAGGUCGAAUUAAAAUAUUACAAGGAAUACACGCGAGGUUACGUGGGGGACGUCAUUCCAGAUCUAGAGCAGAGCCCAACUGGAGAGGUACCUCCACCUUACAGAAAACAGCAGCCAAAUAACACUUGACCCUACUCAUAGUGUUGUGUUCCUGCCGGCGAGUAAGGUUGCCAGAGCUCAAUGAGGGGGGGCGGGUUUAGGGUCGGCAACGCGCAUGUAACUCCUCUGGGGUUGCAGGCGUACAUAGGCUACGGAUACUGCUUACCAUCAGGCGGGCCGUAUGCUUGUUUGCCACCGACGUAGUAUAUAAAAAAAAAAGAACCUCACCAAAUAUCACCAAGGCGGAGGGGGGGACAAAAAGUAGCCGAAAAAACCUCGCGUGAUUUGUGGACAAGCCCAUUUUUGUUUUAAGAUAUUUUUUUAUUUUUUAUAACCUUUACAACGUGGAAACGCUGGAAGCCUAGCAGUGAGAGUUUGCGACUUGCAAUCCGGAGGUCGCAGGUUCAAGCCCCAGCUUGUACCAAUGAGUUUUUCGGGACUUGUGUACGAAAUAUCAUUUUACCAUGUUUUGUAUUAAGUUUUAUUAAUUAAAUUACUUAAAGUUACGAUUAUUAUCAUGUCCUCAUUCUUAAAAAUCAAAUUUAAUAAAUACUGUAUUAUUAGGUAAUAAGAUUAAAUCAAGGGUCCAAUCCAAUGGUGCAACCAAUAUUGACAUGAAGUAUUAUUUUUGAGAAAUAUCAAUUGAAAAGUGUUCACAAAUUUAUAAAUUGUUAUGUAUUGACUUAAGAUGUAAAUAAUAUCAUAUGACUACAUGACCAAUUUUAAUCAAUUUUAUAUUAUAUCAAUGUUAUGAAAAUGUUCGUGUUCUAAAGUAAGGACGCGAAGCACGAAUAAUUUCGUACAUUGACCCGCCUGUUGCUAUCUCUAUCGCACGGACAUAAUUAUAUUGCUGGCUCGCCGAUGAUGCUGGCGGGCAAUGCGAUUGUGAGAGCGAGACGGCAAUAGCCCCGACAGUGCAAAUGAUAUUUUAAACGUCAAUUUUUUUAUUAUAUUUUAUCUCUGACACUUAGAGACUUAAGUAUACAUCUCUAAACAAUUUUAGUAUUUGUUGUUUGUAUUUUUUUAUUAUAGUUUUUUUGUAAUUUGACAUUUAGAGUCUGUAUACAUCUCUAAUAAAGUAUAUAUUAUUUCAUUGAUCGCAUAUUUUAAAUUGUAUUUUGUUAUGUUUAUCGUUUGUAAAAAAUUGACAUGUAAUAGUGAAUGAAUGUUUGAUAUUUGAUAUUCAAACUUCUAUGAAAUUAUGACGUUUACUUAACACUUGUACAGGCUGGGCUAUCAAAAUCGCUGCCAACUUAGCUUGGUCUGACUCUAUGCACGUGCGAAAGAGAUAAAAACAGGCGGGUCAAUGUACGGAAUUCUACGUGCUUACCGUCCUUACUUUAAUUAUGAAUUGUAAAAAGCUAUUAUUAUUUGUAGGAAUAUUACCAGACUUGUGCAAUAUUUUUUUAAUUUGCAUUUCUCCAUAUUUUAUUAUUAGAAACAACUUGUUAGUCAUAAAAACAAUAAAAUAAGCUAGUCUAAUCUACUAUUGUUAUUUACUAUUUUAUAAACUUUUUAUGUAUAAUUUACUUACAAGACGAUUCAAAUAUCUAUUAAAAUAUUUGGAAAUA